AUGGAUUCAAUCCAAUGCCAUGUCUGUUCGUUGCCGUUUCCAACGCAGCAGCAGCUUCAACAGCAUAUCUGGCACUACCAGACCGAAAUUGCGACACUGCUUGCGAAGUUGCAUGAACUCUUUGCCCACCAAAGCACAGAGCUCGACACUAUCAAGUCGUCAGACACCCGCGCUCCCCUGCUCCCGAUUGUCAACACGAAUAAUCUCGAAUCCGACAUUGAUACCUUGCCUCCAUUGCCGAUGACACAGACGGCAGAUGAAGCAGAAUCCCCUCAGCAUCGAGGAGCAACCGACGAGAGUAACCCAUCGGACCCCCAGAAGGCAUUCGCCUGUCCGGAAUGCGAAGCUACUGUCGCAAGGAAGCAAGAUCUCGAACGGCACUACACAAUUCAUUAUCGAUGCAAGGAAUUCUGCCAGUUCUGUUCGAACACCUUCACUAGUGCACGCAAAUCAAGCGGCGACCAAGCAUGGUUUUAG